UUCAGCUUCCGGUGAGAGUUCUUGCAGCCUCUGCUCUCGUUAGAGAUGGACAUGACCUGUAUAUUUUUGCUUGUCUUCCUGCUUCUCUUUCUCUGUUCUGGUUCGAAAGCUCAGAUGCCCGGUUUUUUGAGUUUGGAUUGUGGAGGAACAGAGAAUCACACAGAUUCUCUAGGUCUCUUAUGGACUCCUGAUGAUCAAAAUACCUUUGGUGGAACUUCUUUCAUAUCUACUCCCAAUGAGGCUCGGAAGCAAUACACGACAGUGCGAUACUUCCCUGCAGAUGAUAAUAAAUACUGUUUUACAUUACAGGUUGAGAAUAGAACUCGUUACCUCGUUAGAGCUACCUUUUUGUAUGGAAAUUUUGGUACAAGUGAUGCCUAUCCUAAAUUCGAUCUUUCUCUUGAAGCUUCAUAUUGGUCAACAAUUGUUAUAUCUGAUGAAAAUACCAUUGAAAUUGAGGAGUUAAUUUUUCUGGCUACAUUGCCUACAGUGAGUGUUUGUUUAUCCAAUGCUACAACUGGGCAACCAUUUAUUUCAACACUUGAGCUUCGGCAGUUCAACGGGUCACUGUAUUUCACAAUAUUUGAAACUCAGUAUUUUCUAAGUCUUUCUGCAAGAAUAAAUUUUGGUGCUGAGAGCAAUGAUUCAGUCAGGUAUCCUGAUGAUCCAUUUGAUCGGAUAUGGGAACCUGAUUCUGUAAGGAGGGCAAACUACCUUGUUGAUGUAGCUCCUGGAACUGAAAAGGUGUCUACUACAAAACCUGUAGAUGUUAGCUAUGGCGAAAGGCCACCUGAGAAAGUGAUGCAGACAGCUGUGGUGGGACGGAAUGGAUCUUUGGGUUAUCGCCUAGACUUGGAAGGUUUUCCAGGUUUUGGUUGGGCUUUUUCAUACUUCGCUGAAAUUGAAGAUUUUCGUGCUGAUGAAACACGGAAAUUUAAACUCUUUAUUCCGGGCAUGCCAGCCAUAAGUAAACCCACUGUUGAUGUUGAAGAAAAUGCUCAAGGAAAGUUUAGAUUGUAUGAGCCAGGUUACGACAAUUUAUCUCUUCCAUUUAUCUUCUCAUUUGAGUUUAAAAAGACAAAUGAUUCAUCUUUGGGACCAAUUUUGAAUGCUGUAGAGAUAUACAAGUAUAUGCAGAUAAACUAUGGCUCUAAAGAUGCAUCUAUCAUGGCGAGUCUUGUUUCCCAAUACAUGCAAGCAAAUUGGGCACAUGAAGGUGGUGAUCCAUGUCUUCCAGCUUCCUGGUCCUGGGUGGAGUGUAAUUCAGAUCCACAGCCAAAAGUUGUUUCAAUUAACUUAUCUGGAAAGAAUUUGACAGGGAACAUCCCUUUGGAACUUACAAAAUUGACAGGAUUAAUCGAUCUGCAACUAGAUGGUAAUUUUCUUACCGGUUCAAUUCCCGACUUUGGUGAAUGUAUCGAUCUAGAAUCCAUUCAUCUAGAGAACAAUCAGUUAACUGGGGCCUUACCUUCAACUUUUGCAGACUUGCCAAACCUAAAAGAGCUAGAUGUAAGGAAUAACAAGCUCUCUGGAGUGAUACCACAGGGACUCAUUGGGAAACAUAUCUCCUUCAACUAUGAGGGAAAUCCAAAUCUUACCAGUCGAAAGAAUGGCCUUAAUCACACUAUAGUCAUCAUCAUUAGUGUGGUACUUGGAGUAUUAGUCGCUUUAGCUGCCCUCAUAACUUAUUUCUCAUUCGCACAUAAAAGAAAUAACAGCCAUCAGAAAGGAAAUGUUGCGACGAUCCAACAAACUAAGAAAUUGAGCACUUACUUCAGCGAAGUUGCGACAGAAUCAGCACAUAGGUAUGAUCUUUCUGAAAUCGAAGAUGCCACUGCGAAUUUUCAGAAGAAAAUCGGUUCCGGUGGUUUUGGCGUAGUGUAUUAUGGAAAGCUGAAGGAUGGGAAAGAAAUUGCAGUCAAAGUCCUUACAAAUGAAUCCUACCAGGGUAUCCGAGAGUUCUUAAAUGAGGUAACACUGCUUUCAAGAAUACAUCACAGAAACUUGGUUACAUUUCUUGGAUACAGCCAACAAGAUGGAAAAAAUAUACUUGUCUAUGAAUUUAUGCACAAUGGAACUUUGAAAGAGCACCUUCGUGGACCUGCAUCUCUGGAACGAACUGUUAAUUGGAUCAACCGCCUCCAGAUUGCUGAGGAUGCUGCAAGAGGGAUAGAGUAUCUUCACGCAGGGUGCUCUCCAACCAUAAUUCAUAGGGAUCUAAAAAGCAGUAACAUUCUUCUUGACAAGAACAUGAAUGCUAAGGUUGCCGAUUUUGGUCUCUCAAAACCUGCUGUUGAUGGAUCCCAUGUUUCGAGUAUUGUUCGAGGAACUGUUGGAUAUUUAGACCCAGAAUACUACACCUCACAGCAGUUGACGGAAAAGAGCGACAUUUACAGCUUUGGAAUUAUACUUCUUGAGCUCAUUUCAGGUCAAGAACCGAUAUCAAAUGAAAGAUUCGGAGCCAAUUUCCGUAACAUUAUUGCAUGGGCCACAUCGUACAUUGAGGGCGGAAACAUUCAGGCCAUCGCCGAUCCCUUCCUCGAAGACAACUUCGAGCUACAGUCGAUGUGGAAGAUUGCCGAGAUUGCGAUCUUAUGCGUCAAACCACAUGGAAAUCAGAGACCAUCGAUUUCAUCGGUCCUUAAGGAGAUUCAAGAGGCCAUUGCCAUCGAGCAAGGUUCAGGGGCGACUAAUGGCUGUAUGUUGACCGGAAACUCUCCGGGCUCUUCCUUGAAUUUGGACUCAGUGGCUCUUACUGGUUCUGAGAGACAUAGAGAUGCUUCUUUUCUCAGAGUUAUUUCACAACCAGGUCUCAGGUGAUGUUUUAAGAUUAUAUGAACUAUGUUAAUAGGAAUUGUUCAUCACCUUUGAUAUGAAUUCAUGUGUUCAUCUAGUAAUUGUGCGCAUUUUGUUACAGCAAUGUCAUGGCUUUCUGUGAAAAUGUUGACUUAUUGUUUGGGAGCC